CCAGAGAAACUCCGCUAUAAAGCUGGAACCGGCUGGGAUGGUCUGCACGGGACAGAGCGAGUAAGACUUGGAACAGAUCAAAACCCACACAAUGGAGUUUGGUUUAGUAGCAUUUGUUGCGUUUUGCGCCUCUUUUUCCAGCGUUUUGGCGUUCUCCCGCAAAGAUGGCGUGUGUCUUCUUCAAAUGGAUGAGGGACCUUGCAGGGCAAAUAUCCAGCGCUUUUACUACAACACAAUCACCCAGAAGUGCGAGAUUUUCUAUUAUGGUGGCUGCCUGGGUAAUGCCAAUAACUUUGAGAGUUACCUCGAGUGCCAGAAGACAUGUUUCAGAAUCCCAAAGAUUCCCCAAAUCUGCCGGUUUCCUAAACUGGAGGGACACCGCCGUGCCCUCAUCCCCCGCUUCUAUUUCAACAUGACCACCAUGCAGUGUGAGCCCUUUUACUACGGGGGCUGCGGGGGGAACUCCAACCGCUUCCAGGACCUCACCAACUGCAUGGAGUACUGCAGUCCAAAGAAAACUGUUCCUAUCCUCUGUCUGGACCCUCUGGACAAAGGGAAGUGUUCAGCCUCGAUCACCCGCUAUUACUUCAACACAGCCACCAAGAUGUGUGAGGAGUUUGUGUAUUCAGGCUGUGGAGGGAGCAGCAACAACUUCGUCUCGCGGCAGAGCUGCAUGGACGUUUGUGUCAAAGGGGGAAAAAAAUACAAAGACACAGUGAAAAGUCGGCGCAGGAGGCGGAAUAGAAAAACCCACAUCACAUUCCUGCAGGCGUAGAUGCUCUGACCCUUUCACUCAGGAGUUUUUACUUUGACAAGCCCUUAUUGGAAACUGACGUGUUUGUUAAUUACUUUAAUGUUGACGAAGUCGUCUUUGUUGUUAUGGGACGCAUAGACACAUUACGACUGUAUCUGUAAUGCCUUAUAAUGAUUUUACAAAUGUGAUUUUAAUGUAUGUUGUUGAUGAUACUCGUUACUACUGCACUAAUAUUCCUAAUUUUGUAUUUUUGUAUUUUAUGUGUAAAAUUAUUCUUUUUUACAAGUAAUGGAUUUAUUAUUACAGAGACUUUCUAUUUGGUCGGCACAACGUUUUUGAUUAAAUGUACAGAAUUUGUUGCAGAAUUCUGCUUUUUUUAUAUACUUGAUGCUGCUGUUUUAAGCAAAUGACUGCAUUAUGUGGUAUUUGAAAAAUGACAAAACUAAAAAUCUGUGAACGCACUUCAAACUUCAUCUACCAUGCAUAAAUAUGAACAUAAAUAGUCCUUUAAUAGG